AUGGUUGCUUAUUUCCGUGACUGUCCUCGGGUUUCCAGCCUUAUGCACAAAGAAACUUGGCGAACAGCAGAUGGUUCUUGCCAGGAGUAUCGUCCCAGCGAUUCACGAGCACCCGAGAGCACAUCAGAUUGGGCCGUAGAUCGUGGCAGGGAUGGAGAGGUGGCCAGCUUAUUUCCUGACUGUCCUCGGGUUUCCAGCCUUAUGCACAAAGAAACUUGGCGAACAGCAGAUGGUUCUUGCCAGGAGUAUCGUCCCAGCGAUUCACGAGCACCCGAGAGCACAUCAGAUUGGGCCGUAGAUCGUGGCAGGGAUGGAGAGGUGGCCAUUGAGACAAAAUAA